AUGGCGCACCCUAACGGAACCUCUUCGCUCAGCCGCGCAAGGUCUACAAGAAUGCCCGCAAACGUGAACAAGGCAGCACCAAAUGCACCUCGUGGAAACACACCGGCGAUUCUAUCUGCGACCACGGCUUCCCAUGCGACGUCCUCCCCAACCGCCCCAUCCAACGUCUCCCUCUUCCUCACCAACCUCCGCCUGCUCGACCUCGACCUCCACACGGACUGGCCCGAUAUCAGCGCCCUUACCUUCAGCACAAGAGAUGCGGCGCAGGGGCAAAAGAAGCGCAUCCAAGCGGUCGAAUGGACUCUUUACCACCUCUUCCGACUUUGGGAUCCCGAGGACGCCCGCAACAAGCUGCAGCCCUUUUUUCCGCCGCUCGAUCAAGUCCAGUCGCUGAAUCUGCGCGCGGCGCUGCUCAGAGGUCUGGAACAGGCGAAGAAGAAUGGCGUUCUUGGCCGAGACGCCGUCGUCCGCAAGACGAUGCUCGACGAGUGCAAGGGCGAGAGGCUGGAGGAGGUGCUGGCGGUCUUCUCGUCCGCUGUCUUGAAGAAACUGGUUGCAGAGCAGCGCAUCAACGGCAGAGGACAUCCUGCUCUUGCCCAGGCGCUUGCGCUCGAAAACAGAGGGUAUUCUGGCGAACGGACCGAGCUCACUGCGUUGAUUCUGGCUUACCGGGUGUCCUUGUGCCGAAUAUUGGACGAGAAGAAGUCGGCACGUGCAAGAUUUUGCGCGUUCUCGGAUCUUCUGGCGUCGAGAGAGAAGGCGAUUCUCAGGAGGCGCGAACAGGCAGAAGUUGCGAAACAGCGUAGUCAGGGUCUUUCCGAUAACCAAAAGCGCGAGGUUUGCCGGGUGGUCCGCGACAAUUGGGCUGGCAAUGAGAGUUGGAUGGAAGCGUUACUCUACGGAGACAGCAAGUUACGCAAAGACGGAGUCCUAACGAAUCCGUACGACAGGGUCUGGAGGCGAGUGCAGGCUGACCGGCUCGCGGAACUUGAGGAUACAUCUGUCGGGCUUCUGGAACAACUGGGCAGCAGAGUUCGGGGACAACAGCAAAGAUUGGAGAGGUGGAGAAGCUUCCGCCAGAUGAUGUUUGGGGAGACUGGCACUGAGCCGGCUGUCAAGCAAGCAGUAUCGCAAUCCAAGCAAAAGGGCAUUGACCUGGGCUUCAACGCUCACCAAGACCUGCACUUUGGGCGCAUGAGUCCAAGGAAACUUUCCCGUGCCACUCCUAGCCAGCUUGACAGUCACUACGAGGCUCUUAUCGAUGGCCUGAAGUCCGACCUAGCCAGCAUAAGCCGAGCUGCUCUCAGCGUGCCUUCGGUUUUCCAGAAGCCACAGCGGACCGUGAGGUUGCCACCAAAAGACAUAGAAGUCGCGGCGGAGGCCGAGCAGAUCUCUGAUAUUAGCGACAUUGAGGAGGUACAGCCACCACCACGUCCGUCGCCUUCUCGCCGCGAACCGAUUCGGGUGUCAGAAGAGCCCGCAUUCGAACCUGUUUUGCGAAAGGCCAAGACCUUCGACGAUGAGCACGCACUAUUUGACGAAGAUGGACCACUGGCCCCCUCUCGCCUUCAAAGAUCAGCAACGACUCAGUCGCACUCUUCGACGAGGAGGCGACCCAUCACACAGUCACCAACAAGAGCUCCAGGGCUAAGAUUAAGCUCAGCACCGAAGACGAACCACCGCCGUUCGUCGCCUUCUGGCUCGACUGGCUCGCCCCCAAAACUCGCCGCGUCUUCUCCCGAACCCCCUUCCCCACCUGAACCGUCCAUUUCUCCAACACAAGAACUAGCCGACCAGAUCCUUGCCUCAGUCAACGCCGCCUCUCCAUCGCCGGUCAAGAAACCCCGGCACACGCUUUCCCUAGCCGAGCGCACCCGGUUGACCAUGGCGCGGCGCACGUCCCACGCCAAUCUCCGGGUUCCGACCGACGUAGACACACUCGAUGACGAUGACGUCGAACUGGACGCGGACCGCCUGACCAUCAACCGCGCCGCCGUAACCGUCCCCAUGGUCACCGAACCGCCGCCAGAACAAGACGCAGCGGACGGUCAGGCCGGAGGUCACGAGGACCUGGCGGCACGCACGAGGCGCAGCUUGGCCGGGUUCGAGGCGGCGCGGCAAAGGGCGCAGCUGGAGAGGCGGAGGUCGUUGAGGAAGGGAGGGAAGCACGGUCCGGCUCCGUCGACGCCGGCGGCGGGGAAGAGCAGCAGUUACUUUCCAGCGGUGGACGAGCAAGAGGAGGAAGGGAAUACGACGCUGCUGUUGGCCGAGGAGCUGCUGAAUGGCGGCAAAGAGGAUGAUUAUGAAGCGAUUUUCAUGAGCCGGCCCAAGUUGAAGACUAGUCCGAUCGGGACGCCGGUGCGGGAGUUCUGGGAUUGA